AUGUCUGGUCCGCCUCCAACGAAGAAGUUGCGCUUUGACUCGGCCCCUGAGGUCAAGUACAACAAGAUAUUCAUCAACAAUGAGUGGUGUGAUGCCGUCAGCGGCGCCACUUUCCCGACCGUCAACCCGGCGACUGGCGAAAAGAUCACCGACGUAGCAGAAGGAGAUAAAGCCGAUGUCGAGAAGGCAGUGGCCGCUGCCGAGCAGGCGUUCAAGCUUGGGAGCGUGUGGCGCACCAUGGACGCCUCGGACCGAGGGCGCCUGCUGUACAAGCUGUCGGACCUCAUCGAGCGAGACCGGGAAUACCUCGCUCGUCUGGAGACGCUGGACAACGGAAAGCCCUAUUCCGUCGCCUACUCCGCGGACCUGGACCUCACCAUCAAGUGCUACCGCUACUUUGCCGGCUGGGCGGACAAGAUCCACGGGAAGACGAUCCCCGUAGACGGGAGCUUCAUGACUUUCACGCGCCACGAGCCGAUGGGUGUGGUGGGACAGAUCAUUCCGUGGAACUUUCCUCUGCUCAUGCAGGCCUGGAAGCUGGGCCCGGCCCUGUGCGCGGGGAACACCAUCGUCAUGAAGCCCGCGGAGCAGACGCCACUCACAGCGCUUCAUGUCGCCGCGCUGAUCGCUGAGGCCGGAUUCCCGCCCGGGGUCGUCAACAUAAUCCCAGGCUACGGCCCCACCGCCGGCGCAGCUAUCGCUUCCCACCCGAAAGUCCGAAAGAUUGCCUUCACGGGGUCCACGGAAGUUGGCCACCUUAUCAUGCAGGCUGCAGGAGCCAGCAACCUCAAGAAUGUGACCCUGGAACUCGGAGGGAAGAGCCCCAACAUCAUCCUCGAGGACGCCGACCUUGACUUGGCCAUCGAGACAAGUCACAUGGCUCUCUUCUUCAACCAGGGUCCGCAGGUUGACCAGGAGCAGAUGGACAAGAUCAUGGACCUCAUCGAGAGUGGGAAGAAGGAAGGAGCCACUCUGGCUUGCGGCGGCGAGCGAAUCGGCGACAAGGGCUACUUUGUCGAACCGACCGUGUUCACUGAAGUCAAGGACGACAUGCGCAUAGCUCAAGAGGAGAUUUUCGGACCAGUCAUGCAGAUUAUGAAAUUCAAGACGGUCGAAGAGGUGAUCGAGCGUGCCAACAACACCAAGUACGGUCUUGCUGCCUCGGUCUUUACGCGGGACCUGGAGAAAGCCAUGAUGGUGUCACAGGGAAUCCAAGCGGGCAUCAUUUGGGUCAACUGCUACAACAACUUCAGCGUUCAGUCGCCGUUUGGAGGGUUCAAGGAGUCGGGCAGUGGGCGAGAGCUUGGGGAGUAUGGUCUCCAGCAGUACAGCGAAGUCAAGGCUAUCACUAUCAAACUCCCCCAAAAGAACUCUUGA